UAUAUAUAUAUAUAUAUAUAUAUUCAUUCUUCAAACCAUUUUCUUUCGAUCAUAAAGCUGUUGCUUUUAAGCAUAUAAUAGUUUUUGACUUUGGAUUAAAAAAAAAAAACCCUUAAAAAGUUGUUGCAUUUGAGAUCACAUAACAACAAGCUGCAUGGACGAUCCGGAUAUUAAUGAUAGCCUUGAUGUUGCCGUAGAAGUUGACGCUGAAAGUGGUGAUAUUGUAGAAGACAUCAAACCAUCGACGGCGCACCGGUUUCCGGCAAAGGAAUAUACUACUAAGGAGACAUUAUUGUUGGCGUACCAAUCUUUGGGAGUUGUAUAUGGAGACCUUGUCACAUCUCCAGUCAAUGUCUUCUCUGCCACUUCCUUAACAAACCUUAAAGAAGAAGAUCUACUUGGCACUUUCAGUCUUAUAUUUUGGACUUUGACAAUAAUUGUUUGGAUCAAAUAUGUUUUCAUAGUUCUUGAUGCAAAUGAUGAUGGUGAAGGUGGUACUUUUGCCCUUUAUUCCUAUCUAUCUAAACACAUUCGUUUGGAGAACAAAUUGAUGAGCAAUGUUGUCCAAACAACUACAAAUUUGGGAUGUGAAGUUGAUGAUGAAAAGGUGAAAUACCGUAGCAGGUUCACAAGAGCUAUUAGUCCAAUGGGUUUGAAGAUCAAGAAGUUUCUAGAGACAAAUCACAAAGCACAAAAUGCCCUUGUGCUUAUUGUUUUAAUGGGAACUUGCAUGGUCAUUGGUGAUGGAGCAUUGACACCAGCAACUUGUGUUCUAUCAGCAAUCCAAGGAAUUCAAUCGUGCUCAUCAAAGAUAACACAAGGCCAUGUUGUUUUCAUCUCUGUGGUUCUGCUGAUAGUGUUGUUCCUUUUCCAACAUUAUGGAACAAGCCAUGUCAGCUUCAUGUUCUCUCCAAUUAUGCUGCUUUGGCUCUUCACCAACAGUGCAGUUGGAAUCUACAACAUUCUGAAGUACUAUCCUUUGAUGCUUAAAGCCAUAUCUCCUCAUUACAUUGCCCUAUUUGUUUCAAGAGAUGUUAAAGCUGCAUGGACAAUCCUUGGUGCUGUAUUCUUGGGCAUCACAGGAGCUGAGGCCAUGUUCGCUGAUUUAGGCCAUUUCAACAAGAAAGCAAUUCAGUGGGCAUACUCAUUCAUUGUGUAUCCAUCGUUAAUCCUCGCCUACGCCGGCGAAACAGCCUACCUAAUCAGAUACCCUGAAAACAUCACCAAUGCAUACUACAGUUCCCUUCCAAAGAGUGUGUAUUGGCCCAUGUUUGCGAUUUCUACCUUAGCAGCCAUUGUUGCGAGCCAGUCCAUGAUAUCUGCAAGCUUCUCUAUUGUGAAACAGUCACAGGAACUCGGUUGUUUCCCUCGAGUUUCCGUGAUUCAUACCUCUUCCAAGUAUGAAGGACAAGUUUACUCCCCAGAAAUCAACUAUGGUCUUAUGACUCUUUGUGUUGGUUUAGUCAUUGGAUUCAAAGGUGGCACUGCUUUAGCAAAUGCAUAUGGGGUUGUUUGCAUUUGGGUGAUGAUCAUAACAACAAUGUUGACAACAUUAGUAAUGUUGGUAGUUUGGAAUUACAGCAUCCUUUUUGUAUUGGCUUUCUUUGUGCCAUACAUUUUGAUAGAAGGAAUCUUCAUGACUUCACUCCUUAACAAGAUUCCUCAAGGUGGUUGGGUUCCAUUUGCCAUCUCUGUUUUCCUUGGCACAAUCAUGCUAGCUUGGAGAUACGGAAGGAAUGAACAGAGCAUUUACGAAACAGAGCACAAGAUUAAUCCCCAUCAGCUGAACCAGAUGAUUUCGACACCCGAAAUUCAUCGAAGCCCGGGAAUUUGCUUCCUUUUUGCAGACAUUGAUGAUGGGAUUCCUCCAAUUGUUGGACAUUACAUCUGGAACACGAAAUGUAUCCGUGAAAUCGUCGUGAUUCUUAAGAUCAAAACUCUGCCUAUUGCAACUGUCCUGCCAGAUGAAAGGUAUAAUGUGGAGAAAUUGGGAGAUGAAGGGGUUUAUAGUUGUUUGAUUCAGUUGGGAUACAGGGAUUCCCUGAAUCUGGAAGAAGAAAGUAAUCGAAUUGCUGCAAUACUGGCUGAAUCAGGGGAUUACCCUGGUAAUACGAUAGAACAGAGAAGUGUUUGUUCAUCAGAAACAGAAAACGAAGCUGUUUUUGUUGUGGGAAAGAUCAUUCUUAGAGCUAAAAGGGAUAAAAGAUGGCUUGAUCGUUUCACCAUAGAUUAUGUGUACAGGUUUCUUGAGAAGAAUUGCAGGUCUUAUUUGUCAGGAGUUCGAUUUCCACCAGAAAAGACUCUGCAAGUCGGAAUGGUGUAUGAAAUAUAAGCAUAAAAUUUGUUCUUAGCUCCAAUGUUAAAGGAUAUAGUAGUACUGUUUGAAUAACGGAGAAGUUGGAGCCUUUGCUUGAGAAACUCCGAUAAUUUGGAGAAUUUUAUGUUUCUUUAAAAUACAUUUCUUGGUACAACCAAACUAGCAUCAGUCCUAGAAGCUAUAUUGUUCAAUCAAAACUUGUUGAUUAGUUUAAUGAUUUCUUAAUAAUCAUUUUCUUGAUUGCUUGUGCAAAACAA